CGACGGGAAGCGGGUUUAUGGCCUCGGGGCUGGAGGAGUCCUGAGCUGGGACACUGUCCGCCUCUGGCGUCUGUCAUUGGUAGCAAACAGAAGUGAUGGCCAUGUUUCAUACCGGUAUUCUUGUUUUAACAUCUCCACUUUCCCUUAUUCCAUCACGCAUUGCUCCUGUUUUGGCAGCAACUGCAAAAAUUGUUCAAGACACUUUAUAUAUUCAUUUACAUCCAGGAUUGGGAUUUACUGGAAAUUAUGUUCAAACUAAACCAGCAUUCAUAGCAGCAAACCAUGAAGUUUCUCAACUACUAACUAAUCUUUACACAAAAAGUUCUCAUGUGUGCAGCCACCUGGAUAUCAGAGUCGUUCUCUCAAAUGUUAAAAAUCACACUUCAAUACAGCAGCCAUUUUCAUCAGUCCAAAUAUUGUCUGAACCACCAGAGGUAGUUUUAACAGACUACAGAAUUAUAGAUGUAAACCAAUCCAAUUUAUAUAUGCAGUGUUUGGAAAAAUACACUCUUGGCUGUUACACAUGCAAACCCAAUUUGAGAGCCAUUUUUUUACCAGCUGGAAUAGAUGAUUUGGACAGCGCUUCCUGUUCUGAUAUGGAAGAUUCCAGUUUGUGUGAAAGUAUUCCAAGUUACAGUGAUGUUGUGUUGGGUGGAACCUUUGACAGACUUCAUUCUGCUCACAAGAUCCUUCUCAGCAUGUCAUGCCUGCUAACAGGAAAGCGUUUAUUAAUUGGGGUAGCUGAUGGAGAUCUGCUUAAAAGUAAGGUGCUGAAGGAGCUGAUCGAACCUUAUCAACAACGUGUGGAGAAGCUGAGGAAGUUCCUUCUGGAUGUGAACCCUGCUGUACAAUAUGAUCUUGUUCCUCUGAGAGAUCCGUAUGGACCAGCUAUUACCGAUCCAAACAUAAAUUGCAUUGUGGUUAGCGAUGAAACCCAAAAGGGUGCAGAAGCAGUGAACAGAAAACGACGAGAAAAUGCCUUGCAGGAGUUGGCAAUCCAUAGGAUUUGUAUAAUUAAAGAUGCACACCACACAGAAGAGGAAGAAGAAAAGAUUAGUUCAUCCACUUUGAGGAAGCGACUGUUGGGCUCUUUGCUGGUGCCUCCAAAGAAAAAUCUCAAAAUUGCACCAGCUCCUUAUGUGAUUGGACUCACUGGAUGCAUGGGUAGUGGAAAGACAUCAGUUAGGCAGUAUUUGCAGAAAAUGGGAGCCACUACCAUUGAUGCUGAUCAACUGGGACAUGAGACUUACAAACCAGGAGGAGCUGCUUACCACAGGAUCAUUCAGAAUUUUGGACAAGAUAUUUUACUGAAAGAUGGAACAAUUAACCGAAAUGCAUUGGGAAAGAGCGUUUUUGGGAAUAACGCGAUGCUCAAACGUCUAACAGAUAUCGUCUGGCCAGAAACUGCCAUUCUUGUGAAGCAGAAAAUUGAUGAUGCUGGUGUAGAAGGUAAAGCUAUCUGUGUGGUGGAUGCCGCGGUCUUGCUGGAAGCUGGAUGGAUUGAUAUGGUUCAUGAGGUUUGGCUGCUUCUAAUGCCUGAGGAGGAGGCGCUCAAAAGGAUAGUAUCAAGAGAUAAGCUGAGUGAAAACGAUGCAAAAAAGCGACUUGCAAGCCAGUGGUCAGAUGCUCAACGGUUACGAUAUGCCAAUGUAGUCCUGUGUACACUAUGGGAGCCUGACAUUACAGAAAAACAGGUCCAAAAGGCUUGGCAACUCCUUCAAAAGCGUAGACCUUUCUCAACAUCUUAAUGAGUCCAAAGAUCUGAAUUUUUUUUUGUAAUAAUUUAGAACGUGUAUUGAAAAAAUGUUAAUUAGACUGACCCAAUUCUAAAUAUCUUUGUACUUGUGUAUGUAAUGUAACA